AUAUUUUUCUCGCUAAACUGUUUUUACAAACGCCAUAUUAUCAUCACUGAUAAUGGCUGCCAUUAUAAAAUUAAUUUAUUUGUUGACAAUUUUAUACGCAAAAAAUGCAAAAGGUGAAAUAACUAAUCGUUUAUUAGACGAAAAUCAGGAAAAUAUGGAUUUGGAAGUGUCACAUUCUAAUAGCAAGGAAAUUUCAGUAGCGCCUGUACAGAAUUCUAUACAAACACAUCCCAGAUUUAAAUGUUAUUCAUGUGAACCUCCAUGUCGUGAUCCCUCACAGCAUGCCCAUAUGUGCCAGAAUGCUAUACAGUGUUAUAAAUCACGAACACGCGAUGCUUUUGGCGAAGAACGAGUUACUCGGGGUUGUACUACGACUCCAGAUCAGAUUCCUUUAAUAUGUAAUCAGAAUACAAUAAAUACUAUGGGUGGCCCUCGAAAACGUAAUACUCAGGCUUAUAUAAAUGUUGUAUGCUGUGCCGGCGAUUAUUGCAAUGAUGGUGAAUUUCCAGAAUUACCUCCCUUAAAUGCUGAAGUAACACAUUUAAGUGCCGACAGUAGCAACUUGCUAAAGAUGACGUUUGCUAUAUUGGGACCAUUCGUCAUUAUCUCUAUACUAGCCUAUAUAGCAAUAUACUUUAUUAGACGAACACAUCGUAAGCGCUUGGAAUACUCAAGAGCUAAACAAGAUCCAGAUUCCUAUUUAGUAAAUGAUGAACUAUUACGCGUUACCAGUGCUGGAGAUAGUACUUUAAGGGAAUAUUUACAACAUUCAGUCACAUCGGGUUCGGGCUCAGGAUUACCGUUACUUAUACAACGAACACUAGCCAAACAAGUAACACUGGUUGAGUGUAUUGGACGAGGCAAAUAUGGUGAAGUAUGGCGUGGUCAUUGGCAUGGUGAAAAUAUUGCAGUGAAAAUCUUUUUCAGUCGUGACGAAGAAUCCUGGAAACGUGAAACAGAAAUUUAUAGUACCGUUUUAUUGCGGCACGAAAAUAUUUUAGGUUUUAUUGGCUCAGACAUGACUUCUCGCAAUUCUUGCACCCAAUUGUGGCUGCUAACACAUUAUUAUCCUCAUGGCUCCCUUUUCGAUCAUUUAAACAGAAAUGCCUUAAGUCAUCGUGAUAUGAUUUUAAUUUGCCUAUCGAUUGCAAAUGGUUUGGUACAUUUGCACACCGAAAUAUUUGGUACAGAGGGAAAACCUGCUAUGGCUCAUCGUGAUUUAAAAUCAAAAAAUAUAUUAGUUAAACCAAAUGGUACCUGUGUCAUUGCUGACUUUGGUUUAGCUGUAAUGCAUUCAAAUGUUACCGGCAAAUUAGAUUUGGGCAAUAAUCCCAAAGUGGGCACUAAACGUUAUAUGGCACCGGAAAUUUUAGACGAAAGUAUUGACAUGCAUAAUUUCGAAGCUUUACGACGCACAGAUAUUUAUGCCUUGGGUCUAGUAUUAUGGGAAGUAUGCAGACGGACUAUAUCGUGUGGCAUUGCUGAGGAGUAUAAAGUGCCAUUCUAUGAUGUGGUACCUUCCGAUCCCAGCUUUGAGGAUAUGCGCAAGGUUGUUUGCGUAGAUAAUUAUAGACCUUCGAUACCCAAUCGUUGGAGUUCAGAUCCACUUUUGGCGGGCAUGUCAAAACUUAUGAAAGAAUGCUGGCAUCAAAAUCCAAAUGUACGCUUACCUGCCUUGCGUAUUAAAAAGACUAUACAUAAAUUGGCUUCCGCAGAUGAGAAACUGCGUUUAGAUUAUGAUGAAGUUUGUGUUUAAAAAUUGAACAAACAACUUAAAUUUUAUAUGUUUUCUUCGCUCAAUUAUUGAUGAAGAAGUUCAAGUUAAUUUUCUUAAACAAUUAACAGUUUAUUGUUAAUUUUCUUUUUAAAUUGUCAAUUCAAUUGAAAUGGCAGCAAAAUGUAUACCAUUUCAUGCUCACUACACCAUAGUUUUCAAUACAUAUAGUUUUUUAUUUAACAGAUAAUUUAACAUAAAAUGAUUAAGCUCUAUAUUACGUCUCUGUUUUAGUAAAAAUCAGAGGUUUGUAGAUUCACAUUAGAAAUAUAAAAGACUUUUUUUGAUAUGGUUUUUAAUGUAUACAUCUAUAAAGUACUAAGAAAUUACAAGUUUAGAAAACACCACCAACCUUCACAAGUAAUAAAUAAAAUUACAAAAUCUGCAAAUAGAUUUUGUUUUAUUCUAAUUAACAAUAUUUAAAUUGUACAAGAGAAAUUCGCAGCCUUAAAUUUUCCAUUAAAAUUAUCGUAUAAAUUUUACUUUUCUUAAUACAAUACUGGUGUAGUUGUAAAACCUAUAAAUUAAAACAAGUUUUAUAUGUAAACAAACUAAAAAGAUUUAAAAUACAAUAUGCAAUUUUAUUAUACAAUAUGAAAUUAUUUUUAAGUUUAGUGUUUAUAAACUAAUUGAUAAAAAAAAACUAAAAAUUAAAAAAAAGUACUUGAUUUAAAAGUAUUUAUAUUUAUAUGUAUUAUAAAUAACAUAAAAGAUAAUUAUGUAUAAUCAGGUUAUUAUACAGUGGAUGUUUUUUUAAUUAUUUUUUUGUUGCAUAUACCACUACACAAUAUAGACAAAGAAAUAUGUUGGCCUUAAACAAAUAAAAUUUUGGUAAUUUUCAAAAAAUUGGUAAAAUAAUUAUGACAUUGUGCCUUUUUUCCUCAAAUUUAACAAUGCCUUAAAUAAACAAAAAAAAAAAAACUUUAUUAAAAUUUAUAUAUAAUUAAAAACACAUAAAACUUAUGCUUUAAUCAUGCUUCCAUUAUCGUAUUUUUGUUUUUAAUUUACAUGUUAAACCUUUCCAUCAUGUGCCAUUUUCAAAUCUAAUUUUAUUUCAAUUUAAUAUUUCGCUUUACUACAAAAACUCUGUACUAAAAUUAAUUAAUAUUUACUUUUCAAAGUGUAUUAAACAAUAAGAUGUUUUUUUUUUUCUAAAUUAAGUUUACUUUUUUAAUAACGUAGUUAAGUUAAUAACAAUUACAAUUAAUUAGUAUUUAGUUUAGUUCUAUUAGUAUUAAGUUUAAUAAAUAAACUAUAUAUGAAAUGUUGUAUAUAAACAUUUGUACAAAACUAAAACUUUUUUGAAUGUUAAUGUAAAAAUUAAACAAACACAUAGUAUGUAGUUAAAAUUAGUAUUAAUAAAGUAAAUU